AUGGACACUGGUUCCAGACAUGAGACUAAGGUUGGUGUACGUGGAACAUUAGGUAGCAAUGAAGCCGAGCUGCCCACACUGUCCGUGACGGGGACGUUCAGAGAUGAAGUAAAGCUUGAUGCUGCUGCCUCCGAGCUGGGCAUAGCUGCUAACGAGGACAACUCAGCGCUCAACGCUGCUCCUUGGUCAUCUGGAAGCUGA